AUGGAGGUGUGGUUGGCGUCAUUGAAGGUGGAUGAUGUCGUUGAAGGUGUGGAUGCUGUCGUUGGAGGUGUGGAUGGCGUCGUUGGAGGUGUGGAUGGCGUCGUUGGAGGUUUGGAUGGCGUCGUUGGAGGUGUGUAUGGCGUCGUUGAAGGUGUGGAUGGCGUCGUUGGAGGUGUGGAUGGUGUCAUUGAAGGUGUGGAUGGCGUCGUUGAAGGUGUGGAUGGCGUCGUUGAAGGUGUGGAUGAUAUCGUUGAAGGUGUGGUUGGCGUCGUUGAAGGUGUGGAUGGCGUCGUUGAAGGUGUGGGUGUUGGCGUUAAAGGUGUGGAUGUUGUUGUUGAAGGUGUGGAUGGCGUCGUUGAAGGUGUGGAUGGCGUCGUUGGAGGUAAGUAUGGCGUCGUUGAAGGUGUGGAUGGCGUCGUUGGAGGUGUGGAUGGUGUCAUUGAAGGUGUUGAUGGCGUCGUUGAAGGUGUGGAUGGCGUCGUUGAAGGUGUGGAUGAUGUCGUUGAAGGUGUGGUUGGCGUCGUUGAAGGUGUGAAUGGCGUCGUUGAAGGUGUGGGUGUUGGCGUUAAAGGUGUGGAUGGUGUUGUUGAAGGUGUGGAUGGCGUCGUUGAAGGUGUGGAUGGCGUCGUUGGAGGUGUGUAUGGCGUCGUUGAAGGUGUUGAUGGCGUCGUUGGAGGUGUGGAUGGUGUCAUUGAAGGUGUGGAUGGCGUCGUUGGAGGUUUGGGUGUUAGCGUUAAAGGUGUGGAUGGUGUUGUUGAAGGUGUGGAUGGCGUCGUUGAAGGUAUGGAUGGCGUCGUUGGAGGUGUGUAUGUCGUCGUUGGAGGUGUGGAUGGCGUCGUUGAAUGUGUGGAUGAUGUCGUUGGAGGUGUGUAUGGCGUCGUUGGAGGUGUGGAUGGCGUCGUUGAAGGUGUGGAUGGCGUCGUUGAAUGUGUGGGUGUCGGCGUUAAAGGUCUGGAUGGUGUUGUUGAAGGUGUGGAUGGCGUCGUUGAAGGUGUGGAUUGCGUCGUUGGAGGUCUAUAUGGCGUCGUUGAAGGUGUGUAUGGCGUCGUUGGAGGUUUGGCUGGCGUCGUUGAAGGAGUGGUAGGUUUGAAUGUUGUCGUAGAAGGUGUGAUUGGCGUCGUUGGGGGUGUGGAUGGUGACACUGAAUGUGUGGAUGGCGUCGUUGAAGGUGUGGAUGGCGUCGUUGAAAGUAUGGAUGGUGUCGUUGGAGGUAUGGAUGCUGUCGUUGGAGGUGUGGAUGGUGUCGUUGGAGGUAUGGAUGCUGUCGUUGGGGGUGUGGAUGGUGUCGUUGAAGGUGUGGAUGCUGUCGUUGGAGUUGUGGAAGGCGUCGUUGAAGGUAUGGAUUGUGUCGUUGGAGGUGUGGAUGGCGUCGUUGAAGGUAUGGAUUGUGUCGUUGGAGGUGUGGAGGGCGUCGUUGAAGGUAUGGAUGGUGUCGUUUGA